CAGAGUUCCUCUGUAGCAUCAGUAUCAAGAUCACGAUUGCUGCGGCCCAUCAAGAUCAAGAUCAAGACCCGUAAACACUAAACAUGGCUGCACUGUCUAUAUUGUGCUACACCGGUGCAGCACGAUCACAAUUGCUAAGAUGGGCUGCUACCAGCUUCCACACAAGUGCAGCACUUGAGGCAGCCAGGAAAGGGACACGAGCUAAAGCAGAGGCCAAGAAGGCAGCUUCAAAGAAAGAGGCAGUAAAGAGAGAAUUUAUUCCUUUAAAGAAACGACUAGAACUCAAGCAGACAGGAGGUGCAUCACCACGACGUGCUGAAGAUCACCUAAAGAAUCCAAGUGACAAUGUUUGGUUUGCGAGGUUCUACAAACAACAGGUGUACACUGUGGAGCAGGCUUUUACCAUGCAUCGGGAGACUCAUCACCCAACACAACUUGAUCUCCCUGAUGCUCUUCUGCACACAGAAGUUGAACUAGACAUGUCAACUGACAAAACAAAUCGGUUCAUUGAUGACUUCUACAAUGUGCUUCGUCUACCUCAUGACUUCAACACAGAGCAAGAGAGAACAGUCCUAGUUGUAUCACGGAGUGAGGAUGUGCAAGAGAAAGCAAUACAGAUGGGGGCAACACAUGCAGCAGGGCUUGAAAUUAUCAAGCAAGCUCAGAGUGGUGACAUCAACCUAAGGGACUAUGACCAUUUCAUUGCUGAGACUGAUAUUCUUCCAGACUUCGUUGCAGUUCGUGGCUUGAUAAGGAAAAGAUUUCCUGCUGUCAGGAAUGGUACUGCUGGCACUGAUGUCUUGGCAUUACUUGAGCGUUUCACCAGAGGCAUUGAAUAUCAUACUGCAAAAGACAAGUAUCAUCAUGAUUAUGCAACAAUUAGAGUACCUUUUGGUCGGCUUGGCAUGUCCAAUGAACAGCUGGAAGAUAACCUAUCAGUUCUCCUGCAGGAUGUUAAUCAACAGAAACCAAACAAGAAAUCAAAUGACCUUAUUACCAGGGCCAUAAUAUUUUGUCCACCAACGAAGUGGUAUUUCAAGAUUAACCACAGACUUUAUCUUCCUCAGUCUGAGAAGGCCAUUAAAGUUGCAGCAGCUGUUUAAAUUUUUUUUUAAUAGUAGUAAUGUAAUUUACUGUUGUUAUAGUGGAUAAUUUCUUUAAAAAUACUCUUCCAAGUC